AUGUUGAAUAUAGGUCGAAAGCCACUUUACCUGGGUAUACUGGCCUUACUUCAACUGGUUGGAAUCUGUUUAUUUUGUAAAGGAUUCUUUCCUUACAAAAUUUAUCUUUCGGGCCAUGCGACACAGGAUGACGUGCCGGCAUUGUUGAAAGACUUGCAUAACGAAGCUGAAUUUGACAGACUGGUAUUUGUUGUCAUUGAUGCCCUUCGAAACGACUUUAUUUUGGGAAACGAUUCCGGGUUUGACUUUAUCAACAGCCAGAUUCAGAGAGGAGCCGCUUCAGCUUUUACAGCCAGGGCUACCGCACCUACAGUAACCAUGCCUCGUAUCAAAGCCAUGACAACAGGUACAAUCCCUAGUUUUUUAGACGCGAUUUUGAACAUUGCUGAAUCGGAUACGAGUUCCUCACUGGAUUUCCACGACAAUUGGGUCCAUCAGUUCAAGAGCAACAACAAGACGAUUCAUUUCUUUGGAGACGAUACUUGGAUGCGAUUAUUUCCUGGUGUAUUUGAUAAAACCGAUGGCACCACUUCAUUUCUUGUUUCGGAUACAGUGGAAGUGGAUUUAAAUGUAACUCGACAUAUAAAGACGGAUUUGGUAGAGAUGGAUUGGGAUGCCGUGAUUUUGCAUUAUUUAGGAUUGGACCAUAUCGGUCAUUUAGGUGGCCCCAAGAGUCCCUUAAUGAAGCCUAAACAACGAGAGAUGGAUGAGGCAAUCGAAAGCAUAUAUGAGAUUAUUUCCAAGCAAGAUGCGGAUCGCAUGGUGCAUGACAGCAAAGCCAAGGGCACCUUGAUGGUAGUAUGUGGUGAUCAUGGCAUGAAUGAGAAAGGAAAUCACGGUGGAUCUUCAAUCGGAGAAACCUCUGCAGCACUUGUAUUUUUAAGUCCGAGAUUUGAAUCACGUCCCUCAAUUAAGACGUCUCCGAGAUUGGAAGGGAAGGACGUCGUGAUGGGACAUCCCAUAAUAGAUCAGAUUGAUAUCGUGCCUACAUUGGCCACACUCUUUGGGUUCCCCAUUCCCAAAAACAAUCUGGGAAAAGUAAUUUCGAAUCUGUCUGGCACGAGCGAUGUAAAAUCAAUGCUUCAUGGACUUGGAUUGAAUGCGUAUCAAUUGGCACAAUUAUUGUCGAGACUAUUUCCAGAAGUUUCUAGAUUUAUAGAGGAUGUGAAUUUGAAAGAGGAAGACGAUUCACCAGGUCGAUAUUAUGCAGAAGCUAUUCGAAGCCAUCAACAGUUUUUGGAGACGGGAACAGAGGGGAAGGAAACGAUGGAAGCUUAUAAAAAGUUGUAUCCGGUUGGUCUAUGCAUGGCACAAUUGGUGUUUGUCCGUAUCGGAUUCUCCUGGGGUCAUAUCCAGGCAUGGAUGUUAUCCUACCCAGCAGCGCAGUGGCAUCUGAUGGCGUUGUCCCUGACAGUAUCUGUUGUAGGAGGGUUAAAGGCGAUGAAAGAGUUGAAGGGACGACAAAUGAUAGAUAUCCAAGGAGAAUCAACGACGAUGGCGGCACAAGCUUCCGAAGUUUUUUUUUACAAGGAGCUUUUAAAUUGGGAACUUGUCCGGGAUUUGGAUCAAGUGCAAUUGGGAAAGUUAAUUUUUAAUUAUCAAGGGGCCGGAAUAUUUGUUUUAUGUGGUUUGUUCUAUGUUACCAAAAGAGCUAGUUUGUUGACGAUGGGAGAAUCCCGACCAGAGAAAAAGACAGGUGUCUUUUUACAAUUACUGUUACACUUGAGUACUCCCAUCUGGAUACUCCUGAGUGAAUGUCAGCAUGCGUUCCUUUUUGUGAUUUUUUAUUUACAGUUACUUGUUUUGUUACAAUGGCAAAAAUAUUUGGCAUGCAAGAAAAUUGGGAUCCCUGUCUGGCUUAUCAGUAUGCUGGUAAGUGGGAUGAGCCAAGGCGGGUUCUACCUGACAGGGCACACAAAUUCUAUAGCGACGAUUGAUUUGAGUAAUGCGUACGUGGGAGUACAAGAAUAUGACACAUUACUUAUCGGUGUUCUCACGUUUUGUUCGAAUUGGGCUUGCAGUAUCUGGUGGUGUAUGGCUGGAUGGGUAUUGAUUGAAAAUGAGGAGGAGCCGGAGCAAGAGCAGGAGAAACAGACAAAAGAAGAAGAGGAGGACAGCAGGUGGAUCUCCUACAUGGUGACUCAGUCCAGCUUAUUUAGCCUUGUUUUAGGGUUCCUGUCCAUCUCAGUGACGAUCCUGCGAGAACACUUAUUCAUCUGGACGGUAUUUUCACCCAAGUAUCUCUAUCAGAUCGCAUGGACGGUUUUAUAUCAUUGGGUGGUGCAGGUGUGUUUAGGAUCAAUAUUUACACAGGUCUUAUUUAAAUGGAACAACUUUACGGAAGAAAUAGAUGUUGUGGAUGACUACUAA